CCCUUGGGCUGGAGCUUCUCCUCGAAGCAUAAAGUCUGCCGAUCAGCCAACCAACUCCUCGCUGUGCCUCCUGUACUGUAACCAUUCAACUUUGCGAUGGCGGCGCUCUUUUGGAGCUUGGCGUUCUGCCUCACAAUCUCGGGUUUCUGCACGGCAGAUGCAGAUGCCGCCACCUCUGCCCCUUCGGUCCAACUCGUCUACCAGUACCAAGACGCGGUAUGGAUCGAAAACCUGGCCGUGCGUCCGAACGGCUGGAUCCUGCCUGCCACCGCCACAUCCGCUGUCCUCACGCAGUUGAAUCCCGCGAACGGACAACAACAAGUAAUCCAUGACUGGAGCGCGGUUGGAAGCUCCAUCAUGAGCAUUACCGACGUUCAGCCCGACCUGUUCCUGGCCAACACGAUGUACUGCGACAUGUCUCUUUUAGAGUGUACGCCUGGAACUGGGAUCACAUGGCUGGUUGACCUGCGAAGUGGCCCUCCAUGUAUCACACAGCUUGCUAAAGGCCCCAACAACGCGAGUCUCCUGAACGGCGUUGCGGCGCUGAACGACCGGAUUGUGCUUAUGGUCGAUCAAGCCCUGGGCGGCAUUUGGGGGGUUGACGUUGUCCACGGCGGUGCUAAACUCCUAUUCACCGACCCCAAAAUGACGGAUCCCACCGCGACCGGGAACGGCGUCAACGGGAUCCGCGUGGUGGGCAGCACCUUGUACUACAACAACCCCAGCAUCGGGACGUUUGGUCGCGUGGCGCUCGACCCUUCCACCGGCGCCAAGGUCGGACCGGUGACGGUGAUCAGCACGGGGCUUGACUGUGACGACUUUGAGAUUGACCCCCAACAGCGGUUUGCCUAUAUCACCAACCAGCCUGACGAGCUCCUCAAGAUCGACUUGAAGACCGGCCUCUACACCGUUUACGCCACCGGUCUGCCGGGCCCGACCUCGGCCAGGUGGAUCAGCCAAAGCCAACGCGGAAAAGUCCUGUACGUGAGCACCACUGGUGGCAUCGACCAGUGGCUGAACGGAAAUGUCACUCUGGGAGGGGCUGUCUACAAGGUGACUGUGAGCACGUAGAAGAGUUGCCUGGUCGAGCAAGUGGAGACAGGGUGUACAUAUGUAAUAUCCAGCAAUACCAUCGCAACUGCAUCACCA